CCUCCACCUUCAAAAUGACCAAACCCCCCAUCCUACCCAACCUACAACCUCGGCCCCUCCACCACCCUAUAAGCACCACCUCCCCCACAGCCCAAGAAUGGUUCAACCGCGGCCUCCUCUGGACCUACGGCUUCAACCACGAAGAAGCCCUCCGAUGCUUCCAACAAGCCGCUCACCACGAUCCCACCUGCACCAUGGCCCACUGGGGAAUCGCCUACGCCAUCGGCCCCAGCUACAACAAACAAUGGGCCUUUUUCGACCCCUCCGACCUGCACACCAGCAUCCAUACCGCCCACGCAGCCCUCACCACACCCACCUCCCCAACCGCCACCCCCAUCGAAACCUCCCUCAAAACGGCCCUCCUAUCCCGCUUCCCUCCCCCAAACGCCAUCCCCACCCCCACACCCAAAAAACCAUCCCUCUGGGACCUCGACACCGGGUCCCCAUCAGGCCCCCACACCACCGAAGCCCGCUCUCUCCUCGAACAUCACCUCUCCACACCAGAAGGCCACUCCCACCCCGCCCUAUGCCACCUCUACAUCCACCUCAUGGAAAUGACAACCACACCUGACCUCGCCCUCCCCGCCGCCAACCGCCUCCGGACCCUCAUGCCAGACGCUUCGCAUAUGCUGCACAUGCCUACGCAUAUCGACAUGGCAGUUGGAGACUACCCCCAGGCGAUAAAAUCCAGCCAGGAGGCGAUUGAAGCCGAUGAUAGGUUUUUUGCACUCAAUCAGACGAGAAUACCAACGGGAGAAGAAGGGGGUGGAGGGGGAGGGGCGUUGUACAUCGCCUACAGAGUGCAUAAUAUCAUGACAAAGUUGUAUUGUGCGAGUAUAUCGGGCAGAAUGGGGGAUGCUCUAUCUGCGGCGGGGAAAUUGGAGGAUGUGAUUGAUCACCGGGUGUUGGGGAUGAAGAGUCCCGUGAUGGCGGAUUGGACGGAGGGGUUUUUGGGCAUGGUGGGUCAUGUUUUUGUGAGGUUUGGGAGGUGGGGGGAUGUUUUGGAUUUACACCUUCCUGGGGAACGGGAUGAGGAUGGGGUGUAUUGUUGUAAGAGGGCAAAUUUGCUGUACGCGAGGGGGAUCGCAUUAAGUGCGCUGGGGCGGGUCGAAGAAGCAGAGACAACGCGGGAGGAAUUCGAAAAGGCACGGGACCGAGUCCCACCGUCAAGAUUCAAUAAUGUCCCCGUGCGGCAGCGAGAAGUGUUAGCGAUCGCAUCAGCAAUGCUAGAAGGCGAGGUGGAAUAUCGAAAAGGGAAUAUGGAGAGGGCAUUUGAGCUAUUGAGACACGGGGUGGAGUUGGAGGAUGGAUUGGCGUAUUGUGAUCCGCCGGCGUGGACGCAGCCGGUGAGGCAUGCGCUGGGCGGGUUGUUGUUGGAGCAGGGGAGGGUGGAGGAGGCGGAACAGGUGUUUCGGGAGGAUUUGGGCCUCGCGGAGGGGUUUCCCAGGAGGAAGGCCAGGUUGGAUAAUGUUUGGGGAUUGCAUGGGUUGUAUGAGUGUUUGGUGAGAGGGGGGAAGGUGGAGGAGGCGAGUAGGGUUAAGGUGGUGAGGGAUGGGGCGAUGAAGGAGGCGGAUGUGCCGAUUGUGACGUCGUGUUAUUGUCGGUUGGGGGUGGGGUGUUGUUAGCUGUAUAAUAACUGGGUGGUGGUUAUAUUUGGGAUGGAUCUUGUGUAGACGUAUUUCCUUUAAGGGGUUUAUACAGGACAGAGAUGAAUCAUUGGAGGAUCAAGUUAGUGGGUUGAUCGUGGGCUGGAUUCUAAGAGGAUGUAUAUCGGGAUAGAUUUAAAGGAACAACGUUAUCACCCAAGCCCUAAUUGAUUCCUUCAAGCAUGAAACGGAC